ACAAAUGUGCCGUUUAAUAUUGCGGUGGAGAAAAUGUUACUCCACCCUUGCCAUCACUGCAAAUUCGAAGAUUGUGGAAUAUGCACGGUUGGGCCAAAUUAACAAUGCCCGAAGGGUUUUUGAUCAAAUGCCCCACAAAGGUGUUGUCUCCUGGAAUUCCAAUGCUGGCUACUUCCAAAACAAACAGCCUAGUGAAGCCCAGCGGCUCUUCGAUCAAAUGCCUGAUAGAAAUUUAGUUUCUUGGAAUGGACUGAUUUCAGGCUAUGUAAAGAAUGGGAUGGUGGACGAAGCCAGAAAGGUUUUUGAUGAUAUGUCCGAAAGGAAUGUUGUCUCGUGGACUGCAAUGGUUAGAGGGUAUGUGGAGGAGGGGCUGGUAUCAGAGGCUGAGGCUCUCUUUUGGCAAAUGCCUGAAAAGAAUGUGGUUUCGUGGACUGUCAUGUUGGGUGGGUUGAUACAACAGGGUAGAAUGGAGGAGGCACAGAGGCUUUAUGAUAUGAUGCCCGUGAAGGAUGUCGUGGCAAGAACAAGUAUGAUUGGUGGGUUGUGUCAGGAAGGUUGGUUGGGUGAAGCUCGAGAGAUUUUUGACAAUAUGCCCCAUAGAAAUGUGUUUUCGUGGACUUCAAUGAUCUCAGGAUAUGCACAAAAUGGGAAGGUGGAUUUGGCUAGGAAGCUUUUUGAGGUCAUGCCUGAGAAGAAUGAGGUGUCAUGGACUGCUAUGCUGAUGGGAUUCAUUCAGAGUGAAAGAAUUGAAGAGGCAUUGGAGCUCUUCGAUGCAAUGCCUAUUAAAUCAGUUGUUGCUUGUAAUGCAAUGAUACUUGGGUUAGGCAAGAAUGGGAAGGUCACUAGAGCAAGGAGGAUAUUUGAUUCCAUGAGGGUGAAGGAUGAUGCUGCAUGGACUGCAAUGAUUAAGGUUUAUGAGAGAAAAGGGUUUGAUUUGGAGGCCUUUGAUAUGUUUCGCUGUAUGCAAAGACAAGGUCUUAGACUGAACUUCCCAUCAUUGAUAAGUGUGCUUUCUGUGUGUGCUAGUCUAGCAAGUGCCGAUCAUGGUAGGCAGAUUCAUGCUCAGUUGCUCAGAUCUAAAUUCGAUGAUGAUGUAUAUGUUUCCUCUGUAUUGAUAACAAUGUAUGUGAAAUGCGGCGACCUUAUCAAAGCAAAGCAAGUGUUUGACAGAUUUUCUCUGAAGGAUGUAGUCAUGUGGAAUUCUAUAAUAACAGGAUAUGCCCAACAUGGCUUAGCAGAUGAAACCCUGCAAGCAUUCGAUGAAAUGUGUUCUCUAGGCAUUGCAGCAGAUGCUGUUACUUUUGUUGGAGUUCUCUCAGCUUGCAGUUACACUGGAAAAGUCAAAGAAGGGAAAGAAAUCUUUGAGGCUAUGAAAUCCAAAUAUUUGGUAGAUUCUGGAACUGAACACUAUGCGUGUAUGGUUGAUCUGCUUGGCCGUGCUGGUCAUUUGGUUGAGGCUAUGGAUAUGAUUAACAAGAUGCCAGUAGAAGCAGAUGCAAUUGUUUGGGGUUCUUUCAUGGCAGCAUGUAGGAACCACAUGAACUUGGACUUGGCAGAAGUGGCAGCAAAGCAACUUCUGCAGCUUGAGCCACAAAAUGCCGGACAUUAUGUUCUGCUUUCCAAUAUUUUUGCCUCUAAAGGCAAAUGGGGGGAUGUGGCAAAACUGAGGAAGCACAUGCGGUUGAGGAAGGUUAGCCGCUCGCCUGGUUGUAGCUGGAUUGAGGUUGAUAAGAAAGUGCAUACGUUUACUGGUGGUGAGUACAUGCCGCAUCCAGAGCAUCCAAUGAUUGUCGAGAAGUUGGAGAGCUUAGCUGCAUUGCUAAGGGAAGCUGGAUAUGUCCCUGAUGGCAGCUUCGUCCUGCAUGAUUUGGAUGAAGAAGAGAAGGUACGAAGCCUGGGACAUCACAGUGAAAAGUUGGCUAUUGCAUAUGGACUUCUGAAGUUGCCUGGCAGAAUGCCUAUAAGAGUAAUGAAAAACCUCCGAGUUUGUGGAGACUGUCAUGUUGCUAUAAAGUUAAUUUCAAAAGUUACAGGAAGACUAAUUAUUUUGAGGGAUGCAAAUAGAUUUCAUCAUUUUAAGGACAGUGUAUGCUCUUGCAAUGAUUAUUGGUGAACCUUGAAACCUCAUCCUGAAAAGUCAUUCUGGUAGCUUUGCAGAGAAUUGGUCAGAGCAUGACCAGUGCCUGCCUAAAGACAGAUUUUGUACCUGUGCCUGCCUAAAGACAGAUCGAAAUCAUACGAUCGAAGUCAUUCUUGAUCUGUACUUUUGACGGUAAUGGGUUUAGUUCUGACAUUUGAGAUGUUGAUUAGUAGUAUGAUUUUUGGAAAAGUUGAUUCUGUUGCAUAUGUCCUACUAGUGUUGUCUUUUGUUUAUUUGGUGAUUGAAGACUAGUGAACUAUUCUUUCCAACU